AUGACACACAAAGAGGGACCAAGCAGAACAGGAACGCGGCGUAUCAGCAGGGGUCGGGUAAGGCAAGACAUCCCCCUCUCGCACCGUCGCGAAGCCGCUCAUCCCACCCCCCCCCUCCCCCUCCUCUUCCUCAUCUGUUCUCUCUUUCUCUCGCACCGAUCUCCGCCUUGCGGCACGUGCGCACAGAUCUAUUCCCAAGGCCUCCAGCCUGAUCGCGUGUUGAGUCACGAGGAGCGAACGCACGAGAGGGGCACGCCAAUCAUGGCGAAGACCAGCGCCAGCCACGCAAUGCACCCGCCAAAUGCCAUCGCCGCGGUCGCCACCAACACGAGCGCAGCAACGACUCCGGCGCCGUCGUUUCUCGUCUACCCCGUCCCCAGUAUCGCCGAUGAGUCUUUCCUGCAGCUCAUCUUCCGCAACACCGUGAAGCGUAGUCUCUUCCUCGGAUUCGGCCGCGGUCGCUUUGCCGUGACGGAAUUGACGAGCGCGACGGUGGCCGCGGAGGUGGAGGCCAUCAUCCAUAAGGCGGCAGUAGCAGCCGUGGGUCAGCAAGACCGUGUUGUUGCUCCUCGACACGCAAACGGUACGGCCGCAGAAGUGGAAGCAACGCACAGCGCUCUCGAGCGAAUGGCCGAUGACGACGCGCUUGAGCACAUGACCCUGGCAGACCUCUUCGCGCCACCACCCCGAUCACCCUCACAUGCCUCUGCGUCUGUGCACCGGCAGGAGCACCAGCCGAGCAGCAGUAGCACCAACGGCAGCGGCGGCGCAGCGGCUGGGGGGGAGUCGAAUGACUUCAGCCACAUUCCAUAUCUCGUGUGGCGUGACAAGCCCGUGCACGUCGUGGUGAGCGGAGUGCGGGUGGAAGACUUCUACAGCAGUGGCGGCGCCGUUCCGGUGCAUCACGCGAAGCGCUCCGCCGACGAGGAGGGGAAGUGCAACAACAAACCAAAAAGGCCGAGCACCGUCAAGCGCCCUCGCGAGGACGGCGCGGACUCGACCGCGGAGCUGCCGCCGUCGUCGUCGCGGGCAGCGAAUCGACGUGCUGUAGUGGCGAAUGCAGCGAUGAUGGCAGCAGCUGCUGCUACGGCGCCGAAGUCUCUAUUUCCAAAGAACUGCUGCCAGAAGUGCGGCAGCGCUGAUCACUUCACACGUCACUGCGACGGCAGCGGUGCCGCCGCGGGUCCGUCUGCGUCUGCAGCCGCCGGCGCUGACACAGGAUCGCCGAGGACGAGCUCAGCCACGGUGGCACUGCCCUUCCCCGCAGUGGCGAAGACGACGGUGGUGUCGAGCUUUCCAAAGAACUGCUGCCAGAAGUGCGGUAGCGCUGAUCACUUCACACGCCACUGUACAAGCAGCAGCAGCAACAGCGCGAGUGUCUCCGCGGUGUCCAGCUCUUUCGUGACCGCGCACGCGGACAAGAAGCCGGAUCGCGAGGCCUUCUCCGCGACGGUGGUCGCGUCGACGCCGCUGCCGGCGAAGACGAAGGCGAAGGCCGUUGUGCAGCGUACCUCGAAGGAUCAGUGCAGGUACUGCGGCUCCGAGGCGCAUCUCUCCCGCCACUGCCCGAGUAAGAGCCAGUGA